CCGGCGGGUGGCGGGCGGCGGGACAGUGCGUGACGGGGCGGCGUGCCGAGCGGAGCUCAGCGGAGCGGGACUGGACUGAGCCGGGGAACUGGGCAUGGCUACGGUGCGGGAGAAGGCGGCGGCCCUGAGCCUCGGCGCCGCCUGCAGCCCUGCCGCCAGGCCGACGGGCUUUAGCUUGGCACAGAAACCCUUUGGAGCAACUUAUGUCUGGAGCAGCAUUAUCAGUGCACUUCAAACUCAAGUGGAAGUGAAAAAGCGUCGUCAGAACCUGAAGUGCUAUCAUGACUGUUUUAUUGGUUCCGAUGCGGUGGAUGUUGUGUUUGCCCAUCUCCUACAGAACAAGUAUUUUGGGGAUAUUGAUAUUUCCCGUGCCAAAAUAGUGCGAGUGUGUCAAGCGCUAAUGGACUACAAAGUAUUUGAGGCUGUUUCAACUAGAGUCUUUGGAAAAGACAAGAGGUCUGUAUUUGAAGACAGUAGCAAUAGUCUCUACAGAUUCACAAACAUCUCAAGCCAAACAGAUAUUGAUAAAGAUUACCAGCAGUGUACGCCACAAAGACAUCAGAAGAGCAUGUUGUUUAACCCUACUCCUGUCAAAGCAGAAAGCUUGGAGGAUCUCUGGGAAAACCUGAGUUUAAAGCCUGCAAAUACCCCUCACGUAAAUGUCUCGGAAAGCUUGUCCCGUGAAGUUAUUAAUGAAGUAUGGCAAGAACAAACAAUUGCUCGUCUGCUGCAGCUUGUAGACCUUCCACUCCUGGACUCCUUACUUGAGCACCAAGCAGUCAGACCCCAGCUUCCACAACCAAGGAAGGCGACCGGAUACAUCAUCACAAGUAACUACCUGGACAGAGAAAUUCUCAAGGCUUUCAGUGACUCACAAACAGAUGAAUGGCUCUCAGCAGCGAUAGAUUGCCUGGAAUAUCUUCCAGAUCAUAUGGUGGUAGAUAUUAGCAGAAACUUGCCUGAUCAACCAGACAAAGCAGAUGCGUGGAAACUACUGUUGUUUGAAAACAUUGGUAGAUAUUAUGGCCAGAAAAAGGAGCCACUGUUAAGCCAUGCACCUGAAAUUCAUCCAGGAAUUGCAGAACUAUUAGUGAAUGGGAAGAUGGAACAAUCCUUAGAAGCUCUUCAACUCUAUUUGAAACUCCUGGACAGCCAAAUCAGGGAGGAAUUCAGGAGGUUGCUGUACUUCAUGGCUGUUGCAGCACAUAAUUCUGAGCUCAAACUACAGGAGGAGAGUGACAACAGGAUGGUCGUGAAAAGAACAUUCUCUAAAGCUAUUAUCAACAAUAAAUCCUUAUCCAGAGGGAAAACUGAUCUUCUGAUCUUGUUCCUGGUGGAUCACCAAAAAGAUGUGUUAAAGAUCCCAGGGACACUGCAUAAAAUGGUCAGCAAUAAACUACUGGCUUUGCAGAAAGGCCAAGACCCUAGUAAGAUAACGGGUUAUACCUUUUGCGAAAAGCUUGAUGAAAGAGAGUAUCGCUCCAGUACAGAGAAGACCACAAAAGCUGAGCUAUUAUCUCUACUGAAAGCUAUUGAUGAAGAUUCAAAGCUCUCUGACAAAGAGAAAAAGAGACUGCUAGGUCAGUUUCACAGUACUAAUCCAAGUAUUUUUAUGCAAUAUUUUGGAGACAGAGUUAAUAAUUUGUGUGUGUGACUUUAUGUAUUACUUUGUAUACUGCAUCAUUGUAAACACUGAUAUAUUUGUAAAUCUUUUGUAUUCGUGUAUCUAAUAAAAUUAUUUUGUGGA